CUGAGGGAGGACUGUGGGCGGGCACGAGGAGGAGGGCGGCCCGAGCGAGUCAGCCAAUCGAAAACGGCCCGUAAGCCCCUCGCACGGAACCGACGUCCGUACUGCCGGCCGCUGACCCCGAGUGAAAUCGCCGCGCCUUCCUCGGGACUAGUUCUCGGAGGGAGAAACUCCGCCCCCCGGAACCAGGUCGCUUGCCUUAAAAGGGACAAUGUCUGAGGCGCAGAGUCACCUGGAAUCCAAACGGCGGUGGCCUGACAGGGUGACCUCAAAAAUGAGGUUGAAGUGCAACCCCUUUCUUUUGCGUCCUCGACGCCUGGUUCCUUCUACAGUUUGAAAAAAGCUUACUACGAGUGCCGGCAUACAGGUUGCUGGGACGAUGGGGGGGGAAAAUACUUUUUAAUCCCUUUUGCUAGAGAAUUGCAAGCCGGGAGUUGGGGUCUGGUUUCGGGUGACGUAUUGCCUCACUCCCUCCCCCGCCCCGGCAGUGCGCGCUCUUAGGCUCCUGCUGAUUGGCUCUUGGGGAAACGAGCACGCUCCGGCACCUGAGAGCGGGGGCGGGCCAGUCGAGAGCCGUCCGCGUCCGCCCAGAGCGUCGAAGCUGAGCGCGCCGCACUGGGGCCGAACCCUGACUUUUGGGCCGCGGCGAGGCUGAUCUCGGCCCGGUUUCCUGCUCUUCGCUUCAGGACCCUCUUUGCUUGCCAGUCAGGCCUGGCUCCUCCGACCGCCCGGGUAACGGCGUCUUAGUCCGAGUUUGGCCCUGCCUGGGCCCCCAGCACUUCGUGGCUUCGAGGAAUCACGGACUUGGGGCCCGCACUGCACCCCUUCUUCCUGCUCCUCUUAACUGUCUUCUUUGCCCUUUAGCUGGGCCUCGAGUAGUCACCGACUUGGAUUUCAAAUACCCUUCCCCCUUCCAGCGCUCUAUGAUGUAAGAAAAGGAAAAACCAAUAGCAAAAAAUCACAUUUUCUUUUUGAUUUUCAACUGCUUAGAAAUUUAAGGAAGCUGAAGGCUUGAAGACUUCUCUUUAGUAUCAAACAGGAUGGAUCCCAGCAGUGAUUACCAUUUCUUAAACCAGAUUCUGGGAAGAAGGGUGAAAAUAACUUUAGUCUGUGGCAUCUUCCAGGGAGUGCUUCAACACGUGGACCCUAGCAAGAUUAUUGUCCUGAAAAAAGUCAAGAAUUUGGAGACUGGCCGAAGCGUCCCAGGAGUGAAGAUGUUUUUUGGCCAUGAGAUUGUGAAUGUGGAACUGCUGGAUGAUGUGGAACAAGGAGUAGGAGAAAAGACAGCCUCUGUCAGGGAUAGCCUAAAUACAGAAGGAACAAGGAUGGACAAAGUGCAAGAAGCAGACCAGAGUAUGAAUGAUUCAGCUUCUUCUUCCCUUGAGUCACAUACUAUCACCUUGCUGAAUGACUUAAAAUACAGUCCAUCAGAGGAAGAAGAUGUGACAUACACAGUAGUUAAUCAGUUCCAACAAAAGUUUGGUUCUGCUAUGCUGCACAUCAAGAAACAGAGUGUCCUGAGUGUAGCGGCAGAAGGAGUUAAUUUAUGUCGUCAUGGGAAACUCUGUUGGCUUCAGGUGGCAACAAGUAGUCGAGUUUACUUAUUUGACAUUUUCCUUCUGGGAAGUCGAGCUUUCAAUAAUGGACUUCAGAUGGUGUUAGAAGAUAGGAAGAUUUUGAAAGUUAUUCAUGAUUGUCGUUGGCUUUCUGACUGCCUUUCUCAUCAGUAUGGAAUUGUUCUUUCUAAUGUAUUUGACACACAGGUGGCUGAUGUCCUUCAGUUUUCCAUGGAAACAGGUGGCUUUCUUCCACAUUGCAUCAGUACCUUGCAGGAGAGCUUAAUUCGACACCUUAAAAUGUCCUCCAAAUGUGUCUCCUUCCUGGAUGACAAGCAAAAGAUGGUUCAGGAGAAUCCUGAAAUAUGGUUUAUGCGACCUCUCCCACCUUCCUUGCUGAAAGUGCUAGCCCUGGAGACAACAUAUUUGCUGCCCCUUCGCUUGUUGCUUCUGGAUGAGAUGAUGUCUGACCUGACUAUGAUGGUGGAUGCAUAUUUAAAUACCUAUCGGGAAGGGUCUGGAGGUCUGUUGGGAGGCACAGAGCCAUCAUGUAUGGAGCUGCCAGAGGAGUUGCGUCAGCUGAUGGAUUUCCAGAGACUUCGAAGGGAACGAGCCAUGAAAGAUUAUGAGACAAAUGCAGAGGGGCUCCUAGUUAGACCGCAGCUAGUAUGUCCCAAAGAAAAGCCAGUAGAAGAAGGGAAACAAAAAAACACUAGAGGUUCUUUGCCUUUUGAAGGAGCCAUGCUUCCUAAAGCUUUGAAUUUAGGUUGUCUCAAACCUCACCAGGCUCAGGAAGAUACAUGUUUGCAGAAACAAGAAACAAAAUAUGACAGCAAACAAGUGAGAACAAAAUAUCAACAUUCAUCUUCCACAGAGGAGCCGGAAACAGGUGACUCUACUACAGAGACACCUAGUUGCUUUGGUCGACAGGAGUCAAAGGAUGUCAAAGUAACUCGGAAGGAACAAACUGAUACACCAAAAUAGACACAAUCUAGCAUGUCCUUGCAAGAGAAAAUAGAACUGCUGUUGAUGGGAGGAAAGGAAGACGAGAAUGUAGAAAACAAAAUGACUGGCUCUUUCUCUUCUGCAGGAAACUAACACUUCCAAGAGAUUACUUUCAACCUUUAAAGAGAUCUGUAGUUCCCUAAUCUUAUUCUUGUUCAGCCUUGGAGAAGCCUGACUCCUAGCUAAAUUCAUAUAUAAAACCUUCUAGUAACUAGCUGCUCUGUAACCUGGAAGAUGGCUGACAGCCCCAGUGAUGGAACAUGUUUGUAGUCAUUCUGUUCCUACAGAGGAAAAGUUACCAUCUUCCUGGUUUUGUAAGUGUGGGAAGACUUAGUUUUCCCCAUUGUGUGUAAUUUCCAGCUCUUAUGUGUGAUCUUUUCUCUCUGCCUCACCUCCUACUUCUUAGGUUUUUUGUUUGUUUGUUUUGUGAGGGUUGGAAAUAGGCAUGUUAAAUAGUGGAGAAAGUCAAAUUCGGACUCAUUUAUGUCAUUGUAUGGUAAGUUUACCAGUAGCAGUAAUAGUUAUUUCUUAUUGCAUACAAAAAAGUUUGAAGAGAAAGAGAAUCUUAUGUUCAUUAUCAGAAAGUCAUCUCUUUGUGGUAGGUUUGGUUUAGUUUUGAGAGAAGUGGUGAAUUUUAGUUUCAGUCAUAUUUAUUUACUUACAGAAUACUUUGUUAUCGACACAUUAUAAUUUUUAUUGUUUUUAACCUGGUUUUUUUGCUUUGUUUUGAAUGGCUUAUCUGUUUUGUGCCAUAAACAAGCAUUAGCAGAUUAUAUUUCAAGUUUCUUUCUGCCAAGGAAAUUCUUUUAGUUUCUUUGUACUUGAUUUAUUUAUCCCUGUUCUUGAAGCAAUACACUGUCAACUGCUUAGCACAAGGAUUCGACAUCGUGUUCAUUUCAUACAUUAUAUCUCAAGGGUUUUCUUCAAAUUCUUAGGCAAGGUCCUCAUGCUUGGGCCAGGGCAUUUACUUAGGUGCUGAGUGUUUGCUUAUUGAGCCUGUGUGGUUUGGGAUUUAUAAUAAGCUCAUUUUGGUACUUGAUGGUCUCAGAAAGUUUGCUGAGGGGAUCAAGAUUUGUUUUUUAUGAAAUAAUCCAGAAGAAACCCAGGUAUCUUUAGAACAUGGUAUUUUGAAAGGUACUUUGCAUAUCUCAUGUCCUGAUUUCAGUGAUUGGAGUGGAAAACCAUAACAGGGCACUAGAUGAAGCCUGGGAAAACUAAGGACAAUUUAGUCACUUUAUUUAAUAAUUCCAAAUUGCUUUCCAGAAUGAUUGGACCAAUUCAUGCUCCACCCAUAUGGCAUCCCUGUACCAUUCUUUCCACAACCAGUACAAAAGUGAUUAUUCCCAUCUUUUGUUAUCUUUGACAAUUUGUUUCCUGUGAGUUAAAACCUCACAGUUAUUUGAUUAGCAUUUCUGUUAUUAGUGACUUGGAACAUUUCAUGUGGUUGUUCAUAGUUUACAAUUUUUAUUUUGAGGACAUUUUAUUUGUAUCCUUUGUUUAUUGGGGAAUGGCUUUUGAUCUGUUAUUUGUUAGUUAUUUAUGUAUUUUGAAUAGCAGAGCUGUAUCAGAGGUAUUUUAUGUAGGCUCCCCUUCCUCUCCCCCCCCCCACCCCAGUCAUCAGAGACUCUUCUUAUCCUAGGGGCCUUAGUUUAAUUAUUACAAAAAUCUUUUAGUUUUACACAAUCUUUUUAUAAUUCUUUCUUAUAAGUAAUGACUUUCUGGGAGAAAAAUAUAAAGGAAAAAAGUAGAUGAUAUGAAUCAAAAGAUACAUAAAAGCAUUUAAAAAUAGGUAAAUGUAGGACAUAUGCAAAGAAAUUUAGUUGAGAUCAGUUAGGAGCUAUGGGAAUCUAAGCUGAGGUCAUGAUAGGGGGAGUGGAGAAGGGGACAGAUGGCCGAUGUUAUGAUGUUACAGUAGCUUUGAUAAGAGUUUGCAACUGAAAGGAUAUGUAGAAUGUUUGUAACAUAACAAAUAAAAGAGCUACCUUUUAUUCAAUUGAGUUAUUAAGUGCCUACUAUGUUGUAGACAACCUGUCCUGAGCAUAUAAAUAAAAACAAAACAGUCUCUGCCUUU